UUCGUGGGAGUUUCAUCAUUUUGACUGGAAACGAAAUAUAUAUAGAAUCUGGAUCUGUUAACGUGGGAACAAAUAUAAGCACAUUUUAAAGACGAUUCGCUCUGAAAUAAAAUAAACAUCUUUCCCCCUAUACAUUUUGAAGCUUAAUUACCAGCAUUAUCAUCUUUUCACCACAACGAAAUGAUUUUAUAUGAUGGAAAAUGUAUUAAUCAGUUUUGAGCUAACUGCAUACAAACUAGAUAAAAAAAGCAAUAAAUAUUUUGUCUAGCAUAACGAGUUGGAGGAACAGAAGAAAGCAACAGCUCUGGAAAGUUCAGCAGAACGAGCACCUGCCGGUGAGAGUAACGGGGCGGGGGGCGGAGUCACGGACACCGGAGACCGGGCACCGGAGAAAGCGGGCGGCUGACAGAGACACGGACACUGAAGACACAGGACAGUGUUGAGGAAUCAGAAGCUUCAGAGAAACUCAAGAUGAAGAGAGAAACAGCCGAAGACCUCAGAGAAGACUUCACUAUGCUUCCCAAACUCCCUGUCCCGGAGCUGAAGCACACACUGGACGCCUACCUGAGAUUCGUCAGACACCUGGUUCCUGAAACACAGUUCCUGAAGACCAAAGCUAUAGUGGAGUCGUUCGGCAAACAGGGAAACCUUGGAGAAAGACUGCAGCAACUACUGCUGGAGAAAAGAGAAAAGACGGAGAACUGGGUGUUCGACUUCUGGCUGGAAGACAUGUAUCUGAAGAACAGACUCGCGCUUCCAGUGAACUCCAGUCCUGCGCUGGUCUUCCCCAAACAGCCCUUCAGAGAUGUGAAAGACUCUCUGGUGUUUGCUGCUCGUCUCAUCCUGAGUGUUUCUCAGUACAAGAAGGCGGUGGACGGGCAGACUCAGCUGCUGGACAUGGCUCGGGGUCAGAAGGCCAGCUCUCCUCUCUGUAUGGAUCAGUACAAGCAUCUGUUCAGUUCUUACAGACGGGCCGGACUCGAGCAGGACACACUCAUCAGCACGUCUGUCGCAGGUCACGUUAUUGUGGCCUGUAAAGAUCAGUUUUUUGCUCUGAAUCUGAUGGAGGGAAGCUGUGAACUGAAGGAGGCAGAUGUCCAGGUUCAGCUGGAGUGGAUCUAUGAGCAGACGCUGAGCGCUGAGCAGAAGACGCCGGCCGUGGGUCUGCUGACCGCUGAGGGACGGACAGACUGGGCCCAAGCCAGAGACAUGCUGAUCAAAGAUCCAGGUAACAGAGAGUGUGUGGAGCUGAUGGAGCGCUGCGUGUGUGUCGUCUGUCUGGACGAUCCUGCAGGACUCGAACCCAGCGACGCCAACAGAGCUGCCCUGGUGCUCCACGGCGGAGGAGGCCACAAGAAUGGAGCGAACCGCUGGUACGACAAACCCCUGCAGUUUGUGAUCGGUGCAGACGGGGUUUGUGGGGUUGUGUGUGAACACUCUCCGUUCGAGGGCAUCGUUCUGGUGCAGUUCACUGAACAUUUGCUGAAAAACAUACGCUGCUGUAAGCCGAGCUCCGGCCAGAGCGUGUCUGAUCUUCCUCAUCCGCGCAGAUUGCUGUGGAAGUGCUCCCCUGAGAUUCAAGGAGCGCUGGUCUCUGCUGCAGAUCACCUUCACGGACUUGUCAGGAAUCUGGACAUGAAUGUUUUCAGGUUUGUGGUUUAUGGGAAGGAGUUCAUCAAGCAGCAGAAGAUGAGUCCAGACGCCUUCAUACAGCUGGCUCUACAGCUGGCCUUCUACAGGUGUCAUGGAAGACUCGUGUCCAGCUACGAGAGCGCUUCUCUCCGCCGCUUCCGGCUGGGACGCGUGGACAACAUCCGCUCCAGCACUCCUGAGGCGCUGACCUUCGUGAAGGCCAUGACAGAUAGAGGAGCGUCCCCUCAGGAGAAGAUGGAGAAGCUGCGGGUGGCUGUAGAUGCUCAGAGUAAAGUCACGGCUCUGGCCGUCACCGGGAUGGGGACAGACAAUCACUUACUAGGACUACGUGAAACUGCCAAGGAGAUGAAAAUGAAGACGCCAGACAUUUUCUCUGAUGAAACGUACCACAUCAGCAACCACUUCAUCUUGUCAACCAGUCAGGUUCCCACCACUGAAGAGAUGUUCUGCUGCUACGGUCCGGUGGUUCCUGACGGUUACGGUGUGUGUUAUAACCCACGGCCCGGUCAAGUGCUGUUCUGUGUGUCCAGCUUCAGAGAGAGUCAGGAGACAUGUUCGGAGCGGUUUGUUAAAGCGCUGGACGAGGCGCUGCAGGACAUGAAGACCCUGUGCAAUAAACACACAGAAAUAACUGCAUAAUGCUUUGAUAUUUUCGUAGCAACCAUAACCAGUACUGUAAACUGAUAAAGCGCUGCUUUUAGAAUAGAAACCUUUCUGACCGGAGAGGAGUGUGUGUGUGUGUGUGUGUCCAGUACAUACAUAUACUAUAUACUGGCAUGUAUUUAUACAUAAAUAAAUAUAUGAUAAUAUUAGCAUCUUACCAUACUUAAGUAACUAUACUUUUAAAAUAGUUAUGUAUGUUUAAGUUGACAUACUUGUGUGUAGUCUGUAACACUUUAAGUAAUAAUAAUAUUGUUAAAAUUGCCGGAAAAAGUGUGUGUGUGUGUGUGUAUUUAUGUAUACACUACAAGAAAUAUACAAUAUACAAUUUAAAGACAUUAAUCUUAAUGCAAAUGAGUAUGAAUAUCUGUGUGAAGGCUCAGACUGAGUAUAGAGAUACUCGUUUAGAUGCACUGUUUAUUAGUGUAUAUCUGUAUUUUGUGUUCUCAAACAUCAUAAACAUAAGAAAUAUACUGUAUAUUUUAAAAUGUGCAAUAAAUUCAGUUAAAGUGCAAUAAGUUAAAUGCUGUGAUGUAGAUACCUGCACUAAAGACAUAUGCAUAUCAUAUCAUAGGAACAGGUAAAGUAAUGCGAGUAAAUGCUGUUUUUUUUAUUAAGCCUAUUUGUUAUUUAUAGCAUGUAAUCACAUCUGCUGCAUAAAUGUUUUACUGUCUCAUGAUUAUAAAUUAUUUAUUUGCUACUGUGUGGUACUUCA